AUGGAAGGGCAGCUCUCAUCCCCAGCGCGAGCUUCCACCGCCGACGCCGGCACGUCUCUGCUGGGCCGCGGCCGCUUUGUCUUCAGAUGCCGCCCAUUCUCCUACUAUGCGUCCAGCUUCCGCCUCAAGACCACCAUCUGGUCCGAACUCGGCGGAUCCGUCGGCGACCUCGGAACGUACAUCCCCAUCGUCCUCGCCCUCUCCCUGGUCAACCAUAUCGACCUCGGCACCACCCUCAUCUUCACCGCCAUCUACAACAUCGUCACCGGCCUUCUCUUCGGCGUUCCCAUGCCCGUCCAGCCCAUGAAGUCGAUAGCCGCCGUCGCCAUCUCCGAGUCCGCCACCCGUCUCACCGUCCCCCAGAUCAUGGCCGCCGGCAUCUCCACGGCCUCCAUCCUCUUCGUCCUCGGCGUCACCGGCCUCAUGUCCUUCUUCUACCGCUUCAUCCCCCUCCCCGUCGUCAGGGGCGUCCAGCUCUCGCAGGGCCUCCAAUUCGCCUUCUCGGCGAUCAAAUACAUCCGUUACGAGCAGAAUUUCACCACCGGAAAGUCGGGGGAGCCGCGCCCAUGGCUCGGCCUGGAUGGCCUCGUGCUCGCCUUCUCGGCUCUUCUGUUGAUAAUCCUGGUCACCGGCUCCGGCGACGAUGCCGAUCAUGAGGACGGCUCUCUGCCCGUGGGCUGCAGUGGGCGAGGCACCCCCCGCCGCGGAUCCAGCUUUCUAGCCAGAAUUCCGGCCGCCCUCCUGGUGUUCCUGUUCGGAUCCGCUCUCUGCUUCGUCAGGGACCCUUCCAUCAUCAGAGACCUCAAGUUCGGCCCUUCCGGAAUCCACCUGGUGAGAAUCACACGGGAGGACUGGAAGAUCGGGUUCCUCCGGGCUGCGAUCCCCCAGAUACCACUGUCGGUGCUGAACUCCGUCAUCGCCGUCUGCAAGCUGUCCUCCGAUAUCUUCCCCGAUAGAGACGUGUCGGCGACGGCAGUCUCGGCGAGUGUCGGCGUCAUGAACCUGGUCGGCUGCUGGUUCGGCGCCAUGCCCGUCUGCCACGGCGCCGGCGGGCUGGCGGGGCAGUACAGGUUCGGCGGGCGGAGCGGCGCGUCCGUGCUUUUCCUUGGCGUGGCGAAGAUGGCGCUGGGCUUGACGCUCGGCAGCUCCUUCGUGAGGAUUCUGGGGCUGUUCCCCAUCGGGCUCCUGGGCGUGCUCCUGCUGUUCUCCGGCGUCGAGCUGGCCAUGGCUUCCAGGGACAUGUGGAGCAAGGAGUCGUCAUUCGUAAUGCUGGUUUGCGCUGCGGUCUCCCUGACCGGGUCCAGCGCGGCUCUUGGCUUCGUCUGCGGGAUCCUUCUCUAUCUCUUGCUGAAACUGAGGCGAACGAGCUUCUCCAGCUUCGGCGGCGGCCGCGGCUUCUUCAAAUCAGACUCCGGCCAUGAAGCUGAGGCCCCCUUGGUCGUUCCCAGGUGA